CGACCGGGCUGGUCUCCCCCUCUGCGAGCGAGCGAAGAGGGCUCCUUGCCCGCCCUUUCCCGUGACCGUUAGGCCGGGUGGGAAGAAGGCCGGCGCCUGCCACUUUCUCCUUCGGGUCAGGGCUCUCUACGCCGUUUGGGGUCGACGACGCCGGUUUCUCUCAAGUCACGUCCUAUCGCUCGGUGGUGGUUCUCUCUCUUUCGACCGGCGAUGCCCCCUCUGGGCUCCGUUAAUGGCCAAAGGCUUCCCUGAGGAGGACUUGCCUCAGGGCCCACAGGCUAGCUGCACGUUCCCUCCCUUAGGCUUCUGGUGGGCGGUGAUCCUGAUCAUGGCAUCUGAAGAAAUUCCUGAGUUUUUAAGUCCAGAAGAGGAAGCUGCAUACUGGAAGGGUCUCUCUUUGAAAUACAAACAAAGUUUUCAGGAGGCCCGUGAAGAGCUGGCAGAAUUUCAAGAGGGCAGCAGAGAACUGGAAGCAGAGUUAGAGGCUCAGUUGGUACAGGCUGAACAGAGGAAUCGGGAUUUGCAAGCGGACAACCAAAGAUUGAAACAGGAAGUGGAAACUUUAAAGGAGAAGCUUGAGCUACAAUAUGCACAGAACUACAAGCAAGUGUCAAUGUUAGAAGAUGACUUGAGCCAAACCCGAGCAAUUAAAGACCAGCUGCAUAAAUAUGUGAGAGAGCUAGAGCAAGCCAAUGAUGACCUUGAGCGUGCUAAGAGGGCAACCAUUGUUUCCUUAGAAGACUUUGAACAAAGGCUGAAUCAGGCCAUAGAGAGGAAUGCCUUUUUGGAAAGUGAGCUGGAUGACAAGGAAUCACUGCUUGUUUCUGUACAGAGGCUGAAGGAUGAAGCAAGAGAUUUAAGGCAAGAACUAGCGGUACGUGAAAGGCAACAGGAAGUAACAAGGAAGUCAGCUCCUAGCUCACCAACCUUAGACUGUGAAAAGAUGGAUUCAGCUGUCCAGGCUUCACUUUCACUGCCAGCAACACCUGUUGGGAAAGGCUGUGAAAACAGCUUUCCCUCUCCUAAAGCUAUUCCCAAUGGCUUUGGUACAAGCCCACUUACUCCGUCCGCCAGGAUAUCUGCUCUCAACAUUGUGGGUGAUCUCCUUAGGAAAGUGGGGGCCUUGGAAUCCAAACUAGCUGCUUGUAGAAACUUUGCCAAGGACCAGGCAUCACGGAAAUCUUACGUUUCAGGGAACAUAAACAGCAGCAUGAUCAACAGUAAUGGCAUGAAGUUCUGUCAUUCAGGGCAUACAACAUUCUACGACAAAGCGGCAGUCAACGGCUUUGACCAAGGCCCACCACCAGGUCUAGGAGGGUCCAGACCAUCAUCGGCACCAGGCAUGCUCCCUCUAAGUGUAUGAACGGGUUGCAAGGCCACAAUGAGACUGCAAAUUAGUUCUCGAAAGAACAAGAAGAGCUGCUUGUGAUACUUCCUGUUAGUGCCCCUUGCUGGAGACGAGUAGGUGCUGCAGCAUCCAAAUGCUGCCUGGAGAAGAACCCAGCACAUACAGAGCACUCCUUAUGUCAAUACAGUCUAUUUUCUUCUAUUUCUGUCGUGGGCGUUCUUUAACGUGGUCACCGCUGAUGUCUGCCUCACAGGAUGCUGAAGUUGCACUUAUCCAAACCACCUUCCUUCCCCACUCCACCAUUGCUAGAGACUUUCCCAGGACUCAUUGGCUUUGAUGCUGGAUGACCUCUUGGUAACUCCCUACAUUUUUGCACUCUUCCCAUUUCUCCAAAACACCCAAUUAAGCACACAAGAUCCCUGUGCUUUUUCUUUUCUAGAUGAGUCCAUUUAUGUACAAGGAAGGGCCAAGUAUGCUCUGGCUAGCCACUGGACUGGGGAUACAAGUUGACCUUGUAGGAACCUUCCAUACUCUUGCUUGAGGGGUCAUGGUAUGUAACACAGCACCCCUGCUAAAGAUCUGGGAAUUGGGCCAUGGAAAAUACCUAGAUGUUGCCUCUCUUCUACUGAGCACAAGAACAGUUUGUGUUGUGCGAUUGGGUCCGUUCACCAAAGCUGUCUGUUUCUAACUGGAGAUUCACCCCAGUUUAGCAGUUUCUUUCCAUUCAGUUUAAUUCUGUGUAGCUGGUUUGGCCAGUUUAAACUGAAUAAAGCUGUGGUUUGGGCUCUGUCUGCUUAGUGAAAACUGCCCAAGACUAAGAGAAGAGGGGAAGGGAAGAAAAAACAUGGCUGGGGCUUAUUUCCACCCACAGCUUGAAUUUUGUUAGCCCUUUUCCAGUGUGUCCUUUGCUGCAUUGACUGUUUACAUUUGUUUUACUGUACAUAAUAAGUUUGUAAACAUAAUAUCUUUGCCUAAGAUAUUUGUACAUAACUUGGGCUUUGUAGCUUUAUUUAUUCAGAAUCCCAGAGGCAUGUUUUCCCUAGGACUGUGUAUCAGAUUUCUGUGGUGACUGCCAUCCUGUGGUUUAAUAAGACAGGUGGUCCAAAAAUAAAGAUCUUUUAAUGUGGACACA